AUGGUGAUAUCUCUCACCACCAGGAAACACAUCGAUAGCCAGCGGACGGACCCCAACCCGUCGGCCUUGGCGUCACCGGCUAAGGACGUUUCACUCCUGUUCGACCUCAUGCCAGACUUCGUCAGCGAAGAGGAAGCGGCACGCUUCGAGACGCUUGAGGAGGGAUCGGGGGAAGGGCUCCGGAGGGACGCUCGAGAACUCACUCUCGUCUUGGCUCGGUGCUUCCGGCUACCUCGCUUAGACUCGUCAUCCGAGAACAAGAUCAACCGACAAACGUUGAAGAGGUCGUUUGGCCGGAGGGUCACGGCCUUUAAGGAGGCCAUCGCUCACGGGUCGCGGCACUUCGAGCCUAAUCCAUCAAACACGGCAGUGUUGGCGCCACCCGGCUACGGAGAACAACCGUUUCUGUCCGUUAGCGGAACCGAAACGGUGUUUUCGCUCCAGACAUGGCGAGAUUGGCUUGGAGGCGAGACCGAAGCUGGAGAUAACGCCGAUGAUGACGGUCAGGAGAAGGUUGCGGGGGGGGGCAACCAGGGUGCGAGGGGGGGCAAGCAGAAGGCGAAGCACGGGCAGCAGAGGGUUUUGGCGUCCUACGUGGCCUUUUUCAUCGUAGAUUGGUUCUUGGAGCCGCUUAUGAAAAAGCACGGACUUCCGCCAAGGACGGAAAGAUUUCGGGGCCUUAUUGCCGCUGUCCGUGGAGGAGGCCACAACACCAACAUGGACGAAAUCCUUGGCGGGAUUAAGUUCCGGAGUUUCAACUUCCUCGACAAGGAGAGGAUUGAGAUUCUGAGAAAUACAGCAGGCGCCGGGGCGAAGGCCGGGGCGAAGGCCGCUGGUGCUGCACCAGGCAACGACGAUGACCAAGACGAAGCGGGGACAAGUCGCACCAGGAGGAGCAGGAGAAGGACACCGCCAAGAGCAGGAAAAGCGGCUCGAAGAAAGCAGAUGGCAAGCGCAGACGUUCUAAAAGCAAGGACCGGAUCAGCGGCGCCAGGGACAAUGACGAGGUGGCCGCAGAAAAACAAAACAACAAGACGGUGGACAAGGACCGGAGGAGAACGACCACCAAGGAAGGGGGCGCGGAGGGGAGUACCGCCAUAG